GGGUUCAGUUCAGUCGCAGCCACCGUUCGCUUCGGAUGCGUUGCAGUAAAUUCGCUGAUUCAGACGCCAUUCCUCGCGGUUUGAUGUUUUUUCCAUGCAUCGGUUGUUGUUUCUGUUCUUUUGAAGACCAUAGAGCAUACCGGUUUUUGCUGCUUUGUGAACGUCUAUUUCUGUCCGAAUAAAGUUUUUUGCUACUUUUGCAGUUUAUUUUGUUCAAUUCGAACGGCUAGUGUUGAUGGAAACCUGUGAGUUCUAACCCGGAAUAUUGAUGAAGCGUGAAUUGGCAGUCUGAUAACAGUGCCAGCAGGUCGCAUGUGCUGGUGGAAAAGACUUCGCUGUGAAUCAUAAUUUGGUGAUCUCACGACACAAAACUGCUAGCGUGCUGAAAAUGGACGGGGGACUAGACGUAUGCGGAAUUAGCUUGCGUUUGAAGGUACAUCUGAUGUAGGUUACCCUUACCGUAACUGACGAAAGCAAAAUGUGAACAGCUGAUAACGUUGAGUGUGUUGUUCUUUUAAACGAGAUAUAGUUGAUUGGAGGAAUGUUACGUUGGUGGAUGAAGCAAUCAGACCUAUUUCCGUGAAAAGUUAUCGUCAGUAAAUUCCAAUAUGGUGCGGGGUUUCGAUAAUAAUUCACACGAGUGCCGUCUCACAAACAGACCGGUGGCGAUGAUGGAUGUAUGUUUUAGCUAAAUAAUGAAGCCUACAGCUUCAGAGAUAUGCCGCAACGUGUGAAUGAAAGGUGAAUAAAAAUGAGCAUACGAUGUAGGAAGUGUGUACAUUCAUGAAUCGAAUCAUUUCGGAAGAUGUGAAAAAGAAAAAUCUGGAAACAUAAACAGUGAGCUAGAAGAAAUAAUAAUAAUAAAAAAAAAUAAUGUAGGUCUUGAAGGAACAAAAAAGAGUUCUUCUCGUACCGCAAUUAAAAUGUGAAAUGUCUAUAAAAGAAUCGGCAGUGGUCGUCUGUUCACCGCGAUGACCAUCAACAUCAGCGUUCAAUACUGCCAUCAGAAACGUUAUAUGAGGAACAAAAGUAGGUGUGUAGUCCUACGUUCCAUUCGGGUUUAAUUACAAAACAUAAUUUAUGUACCUCAGCCAGUACACCUUGUAGAAUUACGAUGCACUUCUUCGAGUAUAAUAAGUAUGUGGAAACGGCUGAAGCACGUUGGAAAAAAAGUUCUCUUUUUGUACUCACUCAUGUUGUACUGAUUCUUCUUUGCUGUUAAGCCUCGUGGGAUCACCUUUACAUAAUAUAAUGCAUAAGUGCACAUCUCUGUCGGUUGUUUUAUAAUGCCUGAAGCUGCAAGUGUGAGUGAAACUAUACAUUCUAAGAUAGUGUACAAAAGACGAUCAAACAAAAGACUUCGAUAACGAUUCAAACGAAGAUAGCAAAAAGAAAAAGUAGUGAAAUGUUUUAUUGCGCAAAAGAUACAAAAACAGAAAUAAUUGAUAAUGAUAAUUCCAGGUAAAGAUAUUAAGUUCACAGCAGAGUGAGAACCGCAGGAAUAGAUAAGUAAUACACAAAUGUGAAAAAUAAACGAAGAUGUUUGUUUGUGAUUGGGAAUAACUAGGCAUUGUGAAUGCGAAACGGUGGCACCAAUAUUUACCGACCUAUUGAAUUGAAUCAGAUCUGUGCACAAUUGCUAACCAAUAGUAAUUCAUUAUCAAUUCAACUAGCUUCAAGCCUGUGAACAGCAACAAUCGCGUGCUUCUCAUCGUGCUACCAGCGGUGACAGUGAAUGGUGAGAUAGUAGUGGGGUUGAUAGAUUAACUAUUAUCUCUUGUGUCAGUCCAGUGUUAAUGAGCUGAAAUCAAACGUCCUGGAAAUGCCUAUCACCACAACGAAAGCAGCCAGUGCAAUUGCAUCUAACGGAAAAGAUUCGUCUACGACUGCUGCAGCUCCCAGAGCUAGUUUGCUGGCGUCCGGUAGCGGUGGAACUGAUGUACAAAAUGUCCCCAAUUCUGUUGCUUCAACCGCUCUAACUGCCAGCGGACGAAGUGUACGACCAGGUAGUGGACUUAGCCUGAGUGUUCUAGAUUUGGCGGCGAUUCGUAAAAUUUUAGAGAACGAAACUGGUGGUGCGCUCUGUCCUAGCUGUCAGAUGCCCUUCGAUAAGGGUAAAAAAAGAAAGCUUAUAGACACUUGCGGACACGAACGAUGUUACUCCUGCAUGUUCCGGAAUGAAAUCUGCCCGAUUUGCCACAAGACCGCCCAGCAGGAUAUCGAUCACGACAUUAUAUCCCGGCACGGUGGCUAUCUAAGCAGAAAUAUGCACGGUUACGACACUGGCAUCGAUAGCACCACGACGCUGUUGAGUCCACUCGGAUCGCCACGACCAAUUUGCCGAUCGCAAGCCAAACUCGGCGGACAUCUUUCGCCAACAUAUCAGACUCCAAAUGAUCUCAUGUCAUCGGAUGUAUACAAAUUGAAAGAACGACCGCCACGAUGUCCUUCCGGUAACAGCAAAUCGGAGCCCCAUUACGCUAGCAUAUCCAAUACCUCUUUUGGAGUUGGAAUGAAAACCUCGCAGCGAAGUGGACUUAAUAGCAGUAGUGAAAUUUCCUCCAGUGCAUGUGCAACACCUCCGCAAAACCGGAGACGUUUGUUCAGUCCGAAGAACCUGCGAAGUCCGUUCGGUUAUCGUAAAAAUAAUGCUACAACCGACAACUCAACGCUCUCCGGCUUAGCGUCUUUGCUGAAUCCAGCAACCUACCACCGAGCAGCGGCCGCAGGAACCAACAUGACCGCGUCGUCCACCAGUGAAACAGCAACAGCAGCCGCCAUGGUCAACAAAAGGCAACGGAACGCUAAUGAUAGCCAUAAAUUUCAUCGUCUAAGUUUAGGUACAGCGUCGAUGGUUUUCGGUAAAAUCAAAUCCCUGUGGUCAGCGCAAACGUCGACGGCCAACUCCGGACUGAAUCAAUUAGCAGAUGAUGAAGGUGGAAACGUGAAACCUAUGUUGCUCAACUCAAAAUCGAAGACAUCUCAAGACGAGCUGCAGGUUCGACUUGGAUUCUUCCUGGAGAAUAACCCACGCCGCAAUAUGCGCGUACCAAAUCAAUCCUGCAGCUCGCUCACCUCCACCAACACGAGUCCGGUAUCAACGCUGACAGGAUCGUCCGAGGCCGACGUCUCCCGAACGUUGCAGUUGCAAGAACCUAACCACUAUAAUAACGGCUGUGAUUCCAUCGGAUCCAUGAUGUCAGUUUCUAUAUCGGAGCAAAGUAAUGCCUCAUCAAGUCCACUAAGUAGACGACAUUCGGUUACCACAUCUCAAAACGGUGUAAACAUGGAUGAUCUAACCCUGUUCAAAACCCGAAAAACGACAGUACGGAGAUCUGCAAGAUCCGGACACAUCAAGGGCCCAAUAGAUCCUAAAAUUCGCUUCGCGCAAUAUCGUCCACAGCAACAACUGACAUUAAAACCGCUUUUCUUCGAAGUGCCUACUCAAGAACCCGAUCCGUUAUUUGUCGGUCGUCAUUGGCUAGUACGGGAGCUGGCCAACGCGGUUCAAGCUACUGAUUCACCAGGAAUCUUGUUAAGUGGUAACCUCGGAACAGGCAAAACGGCACUCCUUUUACAGCUCGUAGAGUACUCCUGUUUCGGUAGACGGAAAGAGAUGCCAAUCCAAGAAAAUGAUGGAAUAUAUUGCCAAAUCAAUGUUGCACACGACCGAUUACGUAGUUUGGCCUCACACGUAGUCGCUUAUCACUUUUGUCAAGCGGACAAUAAUUCGACUUGCCUUAUACCAGAUUUCAUCCAUUCUUUGGCAGCUCAGCUUUGUCAAGCACCUCAGCUUUCUGCCUAUCACGAGUUUUUGCUUGGAGAACAAUCUCUGCAGAAUGUGUUGAGUGUUAAGGAAUGUAUCGCUGAUCCCGAGCGAGCUAUGAUCAUGGGUAUACUAGAGCCCCUUUCUGCAUUGCGCAGAGUAGGAAAAAUAGCACCUAAAAAUUGUGUGAUCUUGAUUGACGCCUUAUGUGAAGCGGAGUACCAUCGACCGGAUCAUGGUGACACCAUAGCUUCUUUCUUGCAAAAAAUGACAGAACAUUUUCCUACGUGGCUCAAAGUGAUUGCUACCAUUCGAACCCAAAUGCUUGAGUUUACCAAAGGUUUAGCCUACACAAAGAUGAGCCUCGAUAAUUGGAAUACUAACGAGAGUUUACAAAAGGAUAUCCUCGAGUACAUCACAUUCCGAAUAAAUCAGAGUUCCAGUAUUCAACACAAUAUUGCUGGUGGAAAAGAGAUCAUCAAUACAAGCCUACAUUUUAAAUUCGCUCAGUACUUGCUCACACUGACAAAAGGUUCCUUCCUCUAUGCCAAGCUAACGCUGGAUCUAAUCGAGCGUGGCAGCUUGGUGAUCAAAUCGAGCAGCUUCAAGGUGCUCCCAGUUUCACUGGCACAAAUUUUUCUACUUAAUUUCAACUUACGCUUUCCGACCGCGACUGCUUACGAUAGGAUCUCUAGUAUACUGAGCGUUUGUCUAUCGGCUCUCUAUCCAUUAACACUAACUGAAAUUUUCUACUCCGUCAAUGCUCUGAUCGUGGAAGGCGAAGGUGGUGAACAUAUUGAUAGAGAUGAAUUUCUGUGCAGAUUCAAGACUCUCACCGGAUUUCUAAUCAAGCGCAUCGAUAAUACGUACAUGUUCUUCCAUCCAUCCUUCAGGGAGUGGUUAAUUAGACGAGAUGACGGAGAAAGUUCAAAGUUUCUUUGUGAUCUCAGAAAUGGACAUGCCGGAAUCGCGUUACGAUUUUCACGACUGCAAGCUCCACUCGAUCCUGAACAGGCACUCGAGCUUGGACAUCAUAUUCUAAAAGCUCACCUUUACCGUUCCGCGCCACAGCACCAAUCGCCAAGGGAUCUGCAAGCAUAUUGGGUAGCAUCAGUGACGUCCUGUGUAUCGUCCGCACUUUGUACAUUGAGAAACGUUUAUAACCCUAAUAUAAAGGUAUCAAGGUUGCUACUACUUGCUGGAGCGUCACCAGAUCAUGUAACAAGUUUUCUUGGAAAUGCACCGAUACUUUGUAUAGCUGCACAUGAAGGAAUCGUUCCAAUGGUGAGUCUGCUUUUGGAAUUCGGAGCAAAUGUCGAAAAAACGAACAGUCAAGGCUGUACUCCUCUUAUUCUGGCAUCCGCAAAAGGGCAUUGCGACGUUGUUCGACAAUUAGUUGCUGCUGGUAGUGCUCUAGGACAAACCGACACAUCUCAACGCUGUGCUCUAGUACAUGCCGCUGUAACCGGAAAACUGAAAGUAGUGAAGUAUCUGGUAGCGUGCGAUUGGAAUGUUAGAUCUGAUAGCAACGACGUUACUCUGGAACAAGCAGCCCAACAAGCACUAAUAGCAGCUGCCGGACAUGGCAAUACCGAAAUUGUCGAAGACUUUCUAGAUAUGGGUGAGGUACAUGUGAAUCGAUUGGACAUUAUUACCGGAGAAACUGCCCUCACCACGGCAUGUGCGAAUGGACAUACCGAAACCGUGACAAUUCUUCUUAGUCGGGGAGCAACAACUGAUAUAAAGAAUAGGAAAGAUCAAUCCCCUUUGCUUAUAUCUGUCAAAGAAGGGCAUUGGGCAAUCGUUGAGCGAUUACUUCAGAACCAGACUGACACUGAACAGAAGGAUAGCAAUGGCAAAACGGCACUUAUGGUUGCAGCGGAAGAGGGUCAUGUUGGAAUCAUAGAAUUGUUACUUAACAGAGGAGCUGUAAUGGGUACGCAGGAUAAAGAUGGUUUGACUGCACUCAGUUGGGCCUGCCUUCGAGGUAAACAGCAAGCGGCCAAAUGUCUGUUGGAACGAAAUGCAGACAAACAACAUGCUGAUGGUACGGGUCGAACGCCGCUAGAUUUGGCAGCUUACCAAGGAUCAGCUGCGUUGGUGCAAAUGUUACUGGAUCAUGGCGCACAGAUCGAACACGUUGACAUCAACGGAAUGCGACCUUUAGACCGUGCCAUAGCAUGCCGGAACGUUCAGGUGGUGCAAGUCUUUUUGAAACGCGGAGCUAAACUUGGCCCCGCAACCUGGGCGAUGGCUAAUGGCAAAUCCGAAAUAAUGCUCAUACUAUUGAAUAAAUUACUGGAAGACGGAAAUACACUGUAUCGUAAAAAUCGUCUACAAGAAGCCGCCCAUCGUUAUCUAUACGCACUGAAGAAGAUACCUUCGACUACCAUCGUGUCCAAUAACGGUAAUAUCCCGGAAACGAUUUACACUGCCGAUGCCAACAACAACUCUGCUAACAACGCAACGUUCCAGCAGCUAAAGUUCAAUUUUUUACUCAACCUUUCGCGGUGUAAGAGAAAAAUGAACGAUGCAGCAGAUGCUAUUGAACUAGCGGCUCAAGCUAUUGAAAUCAAACCAAAUGCUUAUGAUGGGUACUACGCUCGAUCCAAAGCGCUGAUGGAAUGCGGAAAUUACGUCGAAGCACUCAGGGAUGCGGGUGUUGCGAUAACCAAAUCGCAUUCAGCUUCACUUGAAAUACGUGAAACGCUAACACGUUUGCACAGUGAUCUAAAGAAGCGCCAUACGUAUACUGUCAACGGAGCCAACAAUUCAAUGCUAACAAAUGGUAUUGGAAUAGUAGAUGGAACUGGUAGCAGUACGAGAUCUAGUUCAGUUCACAGUAGCCGUUCAAUAGCCGAGUCCAUGGAUAUAAUCACAGACUUGUGAUUAAAUAUUUGAAUACAGUAAGAAAUAUCAUAGUGAACAAAAAAGAAAAAUUGAAAAAGACUAAAGCAAUCAAUCAUUCGCAAUGCAAUACGCGCCUCAGUAGUGCUAUAGCUUCUUUAGAAUAAUAUUUUCGUAAAAUUUAUUAUUUUAAGCAUAUUAUGUUCGCUGCACUAAAAGUGCACAAUACUAUAGUAACGAGUAAUUCCUUAGAACAAAACAGUAGUGUGCAACAUGUAUAGAGUAGACUCAAAUAUUUAAAUUCGUUUUAAACUUAGAACCUAUACAUAGAUUAAAUUAUUCACAUAUUAACAUCAACCACACUUCACUUCUAUAAAAUAUAGCGAGUGCUGUAUCAGAAGAUUUUUUUUUCUGUAAAUACGAACUUCAUUGUCCACAACCCUUAUGCACUAUUCUAUGAUUAUUAUUAUUUAUCGAGCAUGUUAACGAAACUAUGAGAAGAAUUUGAUGUUUCCGAUCAUUUCUAG